AUACGAUCAAGUAUCGUAAAUAAUAUGUUUGUUUAACAUUAAAUAGUGUGGUAAAAAAUAUAUUAAAAAUUCAAAACUAUUUCUUGAGGACUCUUGCAAACUACAACAUGGAGGUUCUCGCUGAAGAAGUUUACGAUUUGACUUUCAAUAGUUUAUUCAGCGGAGUGAGUUGUGUGCCGCUUUAACACGAGUUGUAACCGGAUUUAAUAAUUUCGUGAAUCUAUUCAACAUGAACUACUUGGUGGGCAUGGUAGUAGGCUACUUAUCGCUGCUGAAGGCAUCUGGUCAGCAGCAGGGUAGCCUGCUGGACAACCUCGGCGAAGGAAUCCAACAGCAGAUCAGACCCAUCAAGCAACCCAUAGACGAAUCCAUAGCUUAUGUCGGCUCCGCUGGAUGUGCUCACGUAAAGAAACUACUGGGAGUGGCGUACGAGCAGCUGGAGGGCGUCAGGGAACCAGAUCUAAACUCACUCUCCUUGUUCUUUAAAACAAGGGCUAGCAGUAAGGUGUACAACAUCAGUGUGGCAGCGGAGGCCAUCACCCGCGCGCGCGCCUUCAACCCUCAGAAGAACCUCAUCAUCUUUGUGCACGGCUUCAUUGAUGAUCCUACAAAAGAUAGCUUUAAGAAUAUCAGUGAAGCAUUUCUUAGAAGUGGUGAGACGAGCGUGUUAGCACUGGACGGCAGUCCGCUGAUCCGCUGGUUGUAUCUGCGCGCUACUACAUACGUGCGCUUCAUGGGUCGCAAGCUGGGCGAGGUGCUCGCAGCUAUGGUCAAAGGCGGCACAGAUCCGGCUUCAAUUCAUUUAAUAGGUCACAGUCUGGGCUCCCACAUCAGUGGCUUUGCUGGCAAGACUCUACUCAAGCUGACAGGGCGCAGGCCCGGCCGCAUCUCAGCACUAGACCCCGCCGGACCUUGCUUCACGCACGUGGAUGCGGACCUCAGGGUCAAAGAUAGUGACGCUGAUUAUGUAGAUUGUGUACAUUCAGAUAGUGGAGUGUACGGCAUGAAGGAACCUAUUGGUCACGCUGACUACUUCCCGAACGGCGGUAACUCUCAGCCGGGCUGCCUGCUGCAGACCUGCAGUCACUCACGCUCCUGGCUCUACUUCGCGGAGUCUCUGCUGGAGCGCACAGCAUUCGCCGCGAAGAGGUGUCCCAGCUGGGAACACUUCAAGAGGGACCAGUGCGAUGAUGAAGUCAGCUACAUGGGUAUAGACUCGAAGCCGGGCACCAAGGGCAAGUUCUUCCUGCAGACGGGCUUCCUGUUCCCUUACGGGCGCGGGGGCGAAGGCCUAACUUACAGGGAGCCUCCAAACCUUAUACAAGCCGUCGCGGGCUCAAUACUGAAGGACGAAGACCAGGAGACGCUACACUCAGCAGCCGCGGUUCUAAAAGACCAAGAUACAUCGAAAUUACUUCAAGCAGUAGCGGGUUCGAUAGACCAGGACCCGAAAGAAUUACUUCAAUCUGUCGCGGAUACUGUUAAAGACCAAGAUCCGACAAAGAUAUUGGAGUCUGUCGCUGGUUCAGUAAAAGAUCAGCUUCCAAGCAACGUGUUGAAAUCGGUCGCUGGAUCAGUCAAAGACCAGGAUCCUUCAAAGUUACUGCAUUCCAUCGCUGGUGGUGUACUGGAAGACCCGAAUCCCUCAAAACUGUUGAAAACAUUUACAGGUUCCGUAUUCGGAGGAUGAAUACAUAAUUGUUGUGUGUAUUUUCUGUAAAUAAAUCUGAUCUUCUGAA